UUGGUUGAUUCUUUGCAAAACACAUCUAGCUCUGUUGCAUGAGACAGUCAACUAAACAGCCAUGGACUGUGAGACUUUCAACUACAUUAAUGAUACAUCCGAAGAAUUCGGUUUUCUGUCCUGUAUCUUAUCAGGAAUGCUGACAUUUAUAAUAUCCGGGAUAUGUUUACAGAGGGAGCAAAUUAAAGAUGCGGCGAAUGAAGUUACAGGUAACAGUGUCAUCGACAAUGAAGGAAAACUAUUAUUUGAUGAAAUUGAAAGUAAAAAUCCAAUUAAUCCAGGAAAAGUAUUUUACACAGUCGUAUUCUUUAAUAUCGGCUUACGAGUGAUUCUGGCUGUCAUGGCUUCCACUACAAAUAGUCAUUGUAACGUCACAGGAGGCGUCACAGACGUGCCGAUGGGUUUCGCUGGACUCGUAGCUUAUUUCGUGUACUUUAAUAUGCACUUGGCACAGGUUAACAAUCAUAUUAGAUGUUUAUCGCUAUUGAAGGGUACAGAAUUGAAUUGUAAGUCGGCCAUCCAGUUGCUUCUUAAGGGAGAUCCCACUCUUAUCUUUAAUCACGGCGUUGUUCUAGUAAACCAUAUCGUGAAACAUGAGAAUAAGUCUUUCACUUUCCAAAGAUGUGAAGAUGUCACCGACCUCUCUCAAUUAAAGCGACUCGAAGAACGAUUGAACCCUAACAACCCGGUCCUGCUAAAGUUAAGGUUUUCGAUUAUAUGUGGGGACACAGAAACUAGAACGAGGUACCUUGCUGAAUGGAGAAGUUUUAUGUUUUCUGGGAGUGAUAUAAAUCUUGCCUUUGCAAUACAUUCAUCGCUCCAAAGAGAAGUGAAGAUUGAUUGUUUCAAUCAAAACAGAGAGAUGAUCCUUUGGUGGGACACCGAGAGGGAUGUGGACACCGAGAGGGAUGUCCCGUGGUGGAUGAGCGAGAAAUGGUUUUGGGUGUUUACAAUUCUGUUUUUAGGAGUUCCGUACAAAUUCUUCUAUGACUUUAAAGCCCAGAAAGUAACAAUAGAUAUCAAAAAAGUCAUUUACUGUGAUGCGCAAAAUGAUAGUAAGAACACAGUAUCAUCACAGUGAACGCAGUAAGAUAUUUCGUUUUGAUAUUUUUUUUGCGGUGGUGAAUACUAGUAUUGUAUUGGCUGAUACCAUGAUAGUAAAACAGUGGAUAAAAACCACAGAAACAAAAAAGAACAAAAAAAAAAAAACCUCAAAACAAAAAAAAACAACACCCCACCCCAGUUUACAAGUUAGCUAAUACAUGUAUUGGCUGCCAUAAUUCAUUUUAAAAAAUGUGCAUUUGGUUCUUCGAACAUAGAUAAUUUUCUUUUGCAUGAAGCUUGUUUCUGAGAAAGUUUUAAAAGCAAUGAACCCAAUUUGUUUGCCAGGGGAUUUUGAAUGAAUUAGAUGGAUAAAGCAUUUUCAAAGUGAAAUGCAGUAAUUUAGUGGAACAUUCUUUACUUUAUAGGUACCAGACAUAACAUCUUGAAUGGUUGGGUGAUUGACAUUUUCUAUAUGUUGUUGCCACCAAUAUACGUAUAUGUAUUAGAUUUUUCCAGAAAAUUUGUAUGGUUCUACAUUGGACAUAUCCAAGAUGUAUAGUGUCAAUUUCAAUACAGUUGUCUCUGUUCGGACAAUUUCAUUUUAAAAAGCGACUAGUUAUGUACUAUGACUCUGUGUAAUAUUUUGAGCUGAAGAGAUUGUGCGUUAGUUUGUGUGCAACACUGAAACGAAUAAUAAUUUUUUCAUAAUCAGAGACUGGAAUUUCUACUUCAAAUAUUUCUGACCAAUUUUGGAUACAGAGAGUUAGUUCCUUGCAACUGUUGAUUAAAUCCAAUAUGCAUCUUUACAUUCUAAUUCACUUACAGGUAGAACUUUCCCUUGAACAGACAAGGAAUGUGUUACAUUUUCUUAGUUAUGGGGAGGAUGUAUUUUGUCUUUGACAUAUUUUUUUCUUCAAUUAUUUGGUAUAAAGGUAAGGAGACUGUUGUAUUGAAGAAAAAGGGGUUAAAUUUAAUUUUCCAUAAAACUUAUCUAAAGUAAAGAAAUGAUCAUCAUUGUUAGUAGUAUCUUUUAAAAACAUUAUUUCACUUUUAUAUACCAUUCAGAAAAAAAGAUUGAUUUAUUUUCGAUUCAUUUAAAAUUGUUAAACCACAAGCAUUCUGUAAAUAUGGUGGGUUUAUGCUAAUUCUAUUUAAAUAGCUUCUAAGUAUUUUCCAUGAAGUGGUCAUAUUACAUUUUUCAUUAAAAAGUAGGUGAUUUUACUGGAAAACUUGGCAGACUACAUCUUAAUUGUUAAGCGAAGAUCAGUAAUUUCUAUUUUACUAAUAAAAGCAUUUAUUUUUUUUUUUCCAAAUUUGCAUCACCCUCACUAAAAAUUCUUUUGAUCAAAUUUAAUCAGUGAAGUGAUUUAACUUGAAUUUCAAAAUUUAGAACUUUUAAUCCAACAUCAGCUAACUUUUGAAAUCUAAUAAUGUAUUUUAUUUUAGAGAUCUCUGAAUUCCAUGCAAAUUUAUGUUUUCAUUUAAUUAUGUUUUCUGGUAUUAGAAUGACAGAGACUAGGAAUACAAGUUUUGACAACGCUAAUGUUUUGACGAUUAAAAUUUUCCCUUACAGUUAUGGACUGCGCAUUUUCGAAAGAUUAAGGGUUAGUUUUAAAUCCUCGAAUUUGGUUUUCAAAUUUUUGUCGACAGCAUUAUUUUCAUUUUCACUAUUGAACCAAAAACCUAAAUUAAAAAGACUCCCCUCUGAACCAUUUUACAGCCAGAGUGCCUAGUUUGUAAUUUCUUUUUGAUCCUAUCCAGAAUGCUUCUGUUUUAUUCAAAUUUAGUUUUAGUCCAGAUACGUUAUCAAAGCCAAACCUUUAUAAUUACUCUGAAUCAAAGCUCAUUGUCAAUUAUCCUCGUCCAGUUGCCAAAUAUUUAUACUCAUCUAUUAAAAGAAGACAAUCAAUUGUAUUUAAGUAAUGAGUUGUAAACAAAUAUAUAAAAAUAAUACUUAAACCCACUGAUAUCCCAAAACUCCUUAAAGAUUUAUUUGUUGUAUUAUGUAUUUAAACAUGUAUUUUUGCUUUUUUGUCCUUUUGGGGUUUUUCCCCAUCUUGCAUUGCGUUCUUUUCUUCAUGUAUUAUGUACAUUAUUAUGUGCAUUAUUGUGUUUACAGUUACAUAUAGGCCCGACGGGCCGGGUGUUGAUCUUUUCGAGUUUUUCUUUUUGUCAAUUUUACAAUGUACUGUAAAGACAUAUGUCACUAUAAAAAUAAAUUACUUACUUACUUACCUUUGCAUAAUGUUGAGAACCUCAUAACCCGACUCUUCAACACUAAGAAAACAAGUUGUGUCAUCGGCAAGUUGACUGAUUUUAAAUUCAGUUUCACCUAUUUUAAUACCUCUUAUGUUUUUGUUUUGUUUUAUUGCUAUUGCUUGAAUUUCUAUUUUCUACACAUAAUACAAAUAGUAUGGUGAUAAAGGGUAGCCAUGUCUUACUCCUCUUUUUAUAUUGAAAAACUUUGAAGUGUAUGCAUCAUUAAUUAAUUAUUAUACAGCUAGAAAUAUCAUUAUAUAAAAUAAUGACUUAAACUGUUUCUCAACCCAAAUAUACUCAAAACUUUUUCUAAGUAAGACAACUCAGCUGUAUCAAAAGCUUUUUAAAAAUCUACUAAUAAAAUGAAGCCUGGGAUAUUUUUCAGAUCUGUAAAUGUGAUAGGGUCUGAAAUAGGUCUGAUAUUUUCACCAUAAAUCUCUCUUUUAUAUUACAUGUUUGAUCAAUUAAUUUUGGUAUAAUGUUUAUGAUUCGAUUAGCUAACACAUUUGCCACUAAUUUAUAGUCAAAAUUUAGAAGGGACAUAGCCUACAGUUAUUUUUUAUUUGUUCUGUCUUUAUCGUAUUUUGGGGUUCUAGAGUGAUAACACCCUUUUUUGAUCAUAUGACAUGCACUUUUUGAAAUGGAUAUAAAUUUAUACCUUCAAGAACCAAGUUUCGUUUUGAUGUUUAGUAAAGGUUUAUUUCUUAUGUGCUAUAAAUAAAUGUGCAUUGACAUUUCUUAUUCAACAGCUCGGAUUGUGUUUUGUAUACAUUGUACAUUUGUCGUAAUACUAAACGCCUAUAUGUGGAUUCUAUAUAUACAAUGUAUAAAUAAAAAAAGUAAUACUGUUCUUUUGAACAUGGACAAGUGGUGGACAAU